CGUGGUUGUAGUGGGGGGGGGCAGUGUCUGGCUGCCAUUCACUACUCAGUUUCAGUCAGUUGUUCCUUCUGUCGUGAUUGAGAGAUGGUGUUUCACUCACUGCUUCUGCUAGCCGGCACUAUGAUUGUCAUGUGCUCCACAUUCGAAGAUCCUGAAUUUUGGUUCAAAAAAGGAAGGGUUGAACUCGAAGCUGCUUUCCAGAUUAAAUGGAACAAAGGGGUUGCAAAGAAUGUUCUUUUGUUCGUCGGGGAUGGUAUGGGGAUCAACACUAUCACAGCAGCAAGGAUCUACAAAUCAUUGGAAAAUUCUAGUUUAGUUUUUGAAAACUUUCCUCACAUUGCACUAACUAAGACAUACUGUGUGGACAGGCAAGUCCCAGACUCAUCAAGUGCUGCCAAUGCACUGUUUUCUGGAGUGAAGACAAACUAUGAAACUGUUGGUGUAGACGCAGGUGUGCCUUUUAACGACUGUCAAAAGUCUCUCGAGCAGCAGCGAAGACUGAAAAACAUUAUCACCUGGGCCCAGGAGGCAGGCAAGGAUACAGGUUUUGUAACUACAACAAGAGUUACCCAUGCUACUCCCAGUGCUCUAUAUGCACAUUGUCCAAACAGGAGAUGGGAAUGUGAGGAUAAAAUGCCUUCUUCUGCUGCUCAGUGUAAGGAUAUCGCUCGUCAGUUGGUUGAAGAUGAACCUGGAAAGAGCAUAAACGUGAUAAUGGGGGGAGGAAGACAAUGUAUGAUGACCAACAUCAAUGUCUCCGAGAGUGACCCAAGGGACACCUGGUCUUGCAGUAGGAAGGACGGAAGGGAUCUGAUUAAGCACUGGAUUGAUGAGAAAAAGAGGGAGGGAUUGAGACAUGCAUAUCUGAGUACAACAGAUGAUCUCAAUAAACUGGACAUUGACAAUGUGGACUAUGUGAUGGGAAUAUUCGCUAAUGGGCACUUGAAACUGGACCAUGAAAGAGAUCGUACACCAAGAGGCAUGCCUUCACUAUCUCAGAUGACUGAAACUGCUCUCAAGGUCUUGCUCAAAAAUAGAAAAGGAUUUUUACUUGUGGUGGAAGGAGGCAUGAUAGACCAGUCACAUCACAGAGGUUAUGCCAGGGAUGCUUUAGACGAAACAAUCUGCUUUGAGGCCGCAGUGCAAGCUUCGAUCGAUUUGCUGAAAGCCAGAGGUGUUCUAGACACAUCACUUAUUAUAGUCACCAGUGACCAUGGCCAUUCUCUAGCUAUAAAUGGCAACCCUCCACGGGGGAACAAUAUACUAGGAAUUUCAGAAACAUCAAGGGAUGAUGGUGUGCCAUUCACUACACUUUUGUAUGCAACGGGUGACAGGAAUAACUAUCAGUUUGAAUCAAGAGAUGGAAAAGUGGUGAGAAAAGAUCCCAGUCAAGAGGAUACAACAAGAUUUGGAUACCACCAACAAUCCGUGGUGGUGACCGAUGAAGCCCUCCACGAUGGGGGAGAUGUGCCUGUGUAUGCUAUGGGACCCCAGGCUCACCUGUUUCACAGGGUACAUGAACAGACUUACGUGGCUCAUGUCAUCGCAUAUGCUGCCAAGAUUGGUCACUUCGCAUCUAGUACUGCCUCAUACACCACUUUUGGUCCUUUAACUAUUUUAUUAAGCUGUAUUUUGUUACUAUACAAAUAAAAAAUAUGAACAA